AUGUCCAAGCGACCAUUAAGUACGGAAAACAGUGGCAAUACUACGGCCGAAAGUAGAAAGAGGGGGAGAAUAGCUUCUGAUGAUUUGGAGACAUCGGGAGCCAAUAUCUCUCGACAAGGAGCGAAUUCGGAGUAUACAGUCGGCUGGAUUUGCGCUCUAACUACGGAAUCUGUAGCAGCCCGAGCCUUCCUCGAUGAAGAAUACGGCGGCCUUGAAGCAGUCGCCCAGCACGACAACAAUAGCUAUAUCUUGGGCAAGAUCGGCAGUCACAAUGUCGUAAUUGCCGUCCUGCCUGAUGCAGAAUAUGGCACAACGUCCGCGGCGGCAGUAGCCCGAGACAUGCUUCACAGCUUUCCGAACGUACGCAUUGGAUUGAUGGUCGGCAUCGGAGGUGGUGCGCCUAGUCGGAAGCGUGAUAUCCGACUCGGGGAUGUAAUAGUCAGCAGUCCCUGUGGCGGGAAAGGCGGCGUAUUCCAGUACGACUUUGGCAAGACCAUUCAGGAUCAGACGUUCCAAGAGACUGCAUUCUUGGACCAACCACCCACGGUGCUGCGGGCAGCUGUAAGCACGCUCAAAGGCACAUACGAUAUGAAGGGCCACCAGCUUGUGGCCGAUGUGGAAAUGGCAUUGAAGAAGAUCAAGAAGCGGAAAAAGUACAGAAAACCUACUCCAGCAAGCGAUAGAUUAUACAGAUCCGACGUUAUACAUCCUUCGCACUCGUCUGAAAGCUGCGAGAUCACAUGCGGUAAUGACGAGGCCAACUUGGUGGUCCGAGAUAAACGAGAUGAAGAGGACGACGAUCCCGCAAUUCACUACGGCUUAAUUGCCAGCGGAAACCAACUGAUGAAGGAUGCGCGUAUCCGGGACAAGUUAGCGGAUGAAAAGGGGGUUCUUUGCUUCGAGAUGGAGGCGGCCGGUUUAAUGAACCAUUUCCCGUGCCUAGUGAUCCGCGGGAUAUGCGACUACUCCGACUCGCACAAGAACAAGGAUUGGCAAGGAUAUGCGGCAAUGAUGGCAGCGGCGUAUGCGAAGGAUCUCCUGCGUCAGAUCCCGUCUAAUAAGGUCGAGGAAGAGAGGAGGAUUGGCGAAGCAGUCCAAGAGGGCCUGGGAUGCCUACACCAGACGACGAAUGAGACCAAAGCUGAGGUCGAAACUAUGAGACGCAAUCAUCACCUCGCUGAAGUUGAGAGAUGGCUCCGCCCACCCGACGCAUCGACUAACUUCAAUGAAGCGAGAAGAAAAUGGCACGAAGGGUCUGGGCUAUGGUUCCUCGAUAGCCCUGCCUUCAAUGAGUGGAAGUGUGGAUCACAUCAUCUGUGGCUUCACGGCUUAGCAGGAUGUGGCAAAACUGUCCUUAGUGCGACGAUAAUGGAUCAUCUCCAGAAGAGGAACGAUUGCAUAGUCCUGCAAUUCUACUUCGAUUUCAACGACACUUCGAAACAGAAGGUGGACGGCAUGUUGCGCUCUCUUGUCUUUCAGCUCUACAAAUUAGGAUCUAGUUCUAAGGAGCUUGACAGCCUAUACCAAUCCCACUUCGACUACCAGAGACAGCCAGACAAUCCAAGUUUAACAAAAACACUCCAUGCAAUGAUGAAGGACUCGAAAAAUACUUAUCUAGUCAUGGAUGCACUAGACGAGUGCACAGAGAGAGGGGAACUGCUCCAGUGGAUGAUGGAAUUCUUCAAAGCGCCCGACCUAGGCCAUGUUCGUAUGAUCGCCACUGGCCGGCCAGAUGAAGAGUUUCUGAGACGUAUUCCCGGUUGGAUAGGUAAAAACAACUGUUUGCAACUCGAUAAAGAGGCUGUCAACGCCGACAUACGCUCCUAUGUCACGGCAAAGCUUGAGCAGAGUCCCGAUUUCUUGGAAAAGGAACUGUCUCAGGAUCUUCGCGAACGGAUUCGGAAUGAAGUCGGAGAUAGGGCUGACGGGAUGUGGCAUAGGUUCAGAUGGGCAGCAUGUCAAUUGGCCAGCCUUGCAAAAUGUAUGAGUCCCAGGGAUAUCGAAACAGCUCUUAAGACUUUGCCCGGGGAUCUCAAUGAGACAUAUCAGCGCAUGCUCCAAAACAUACCAGCAAACCUUAAGAAGGAUGCUAUACGUCUCCUACAGUUCCUUGUCCACGGCAAGCGGCCGUUGACGCUACAUGAGGCCGUAGAGGUAAUAGCUACACAGACGGAUGAGGAGCCACGAGGCUUCGACCUAAAGCGCAGGCUUUUUCGCGGUGACGAUAUUCUACAGUACUGCCCCAGUCUAGUGUCGGUUAUUGAUGUCUUAGCUUAUAACGGGGCUAGAAAAGAGCUCCACCUUGCCCAUUUCUCAGUCAAAGAGUAUCUUCUGAAGGAAGGGCAGUUUGGUCUACCUCUUGCUAGCAUUGUCAUUACCAGGACUUGUUUGACAUACCUUACGGAUAUUGAGGGUAGAUGGUGGGAAAUUAAGAAGAGAUUUGCGAUGGCGAAAUAUGCGGCGAACUAUUGGAUGGACUAUGCCGCUUUGGCGGAAAGAUCAGAAGACGUUGUUCAAAUGAGUAUCAAGUUUUUACAGGACGAGUCGACUUUUCAGCGGUGGGUUCAGCUGUACCAGGCGGACAAUAUGCUGACCAGAGCACCGGGUUCUCGACAAGAAUUAAGACUCUAUUAUGCUUGCCUGGGUGGACUUGCAGCAGUCUCAAGAGCCUUGAUAGACGGAGACGCCGAUGUCAACGCACAGGGUGGCGAUUGCGGUAACGCUCUUCAGGCUGCUGUAAAUGGAGGCCACCGAGAUACUGUUCAACUUUUGCUGGACAGGGGUGCCGAUGUCAACGCACAGGGCGACGAUUACGGUAACGCUCUUCAGGCUGCUGUAAAUGGAGGCCACCGAGAUAUUAUUCAACUUUUGCUGGACAGGGGUGCCGAUGUCAACGCACAAGGUGGCUGGUACGCCAACGCUCUUUACGCUGCUGUAAAUGGAAGCCACCGAGAUAUUAUUCAACUUUUGCUGGACAGGGGUGCCGAUGUCAACGCACAGGGCGGACGUUACGGUAACGCUCUCCAGGCUGCUUCAAAGGGAGGCCACCGAGAUAUUGUUCAACUUUUGCUGGACAGGGGUGCCGAUGUCAACGGAAAGGGUGACUGGUACGGUGACGCUCUUCGUGCUGCUUCAAGGAGAGGCCACCGAGAUAUUGUUCAACUUUUGCUGGACAGGGGUGCCGAUAUUACAGCUCUCGAUGAAAAGGUAUGGUACUUCUCAUGGAUGGACGACCUCUAUUAG